AGACUUCAACCUGUAAGUGAAGACUUGCCAGUAGCAUCUAUUCUGAUGUCGUUUUCGAGAGGAUGUGCAGCUCUACUAGACUUAAUGCAAAUACCUCACAGCCCGUGCUACAGUGAUACGGGGUAUCACUCAGAAACAGAUGUUGAACAAGAACUUUCAGUAAAGGACGUAAUGGCACGAUACGAAACCCUGUACCAUCAACACAGACCGAGGGCACUGGAAGCGCUGGAUGCUUUGCCAGAAUUAAGACAUGCAACCCAACUCAAAUCGAAAAUUUUAUUUUCAGUUGUAGUGCUGGCCUUCCGUACUUGUCGCACGCUUCGAGACAGCCGCCUUCAAUCAGCUCUUCGUCAACUCCAGCUGGAUCCCCACAGCCCCGCAGUAAGCAGCCUGCGUAAGGAGAUGCUGCGGUGCUUAGGUGCUACAGGGGACGCCUGUCCCUUCCAAGAGGCUGAGGCGCAGGUGGUGGGGCUGGUUUGUGAUACGCUGCGGGAGUAUAGGUGUCUGGAAGGUUGUGAUCAGCUCAGGAGGUAUGCGGGACAAGCUGCUAGGGUGGCGUGGGCGAUGGUUUGUGCGGUACCGCCUUAUGAACUUGAUACAGAUUUUGCUACGCCGGCGAAACUCCAACUGGAAAAGCACCAACGACACCAUUCGUCAGACAGAACCUGCGAAACGGUGAGAGCGUUCGUGUGGCCUGGAAUAUCGUGCCAAAAUCGGUGUGUCUUCAAGGCAAUCGUCGUCACUGAUGCUUCUGGAACAUGAACAGCUAGUCAGAUGAAGCAGUAGUCAUUGUGUAUUGCAGACGUCGUUCAGUAUUAGAAAUAUGAGUACGGCAAUCUGCCAACUGGAACUAGCGGCAAUUUACGUAAAACGGACAGCAAAAAAAUGUUUUCUAAUUCGUUCAUAAUAGUAGGUGUGAAAGAGACAACGCGAUCUUUUUCAUGGCACGAAAGUAUUUGAAAUUGAUUUUUUUUGGAAUAGACAAGUAUCAUACUGGAAUCUGAAACGUAGCGUUUUAUAUA